GACGUGCAUCACCCCUGCAGGAUGUGGGCAAAGACAGUUACAGGAAAUUUUGCCAAGGUGAUUCAUGGUUUGAAUGCAAAUCAGUUGACAGAUCAAGUAAUUCAGAGAAGUAAGCGAAUGAUUCUGGAUACUCUUGGAGUGGGGCUUCUGGGUACCAGCACUGAGGUCUUCCACAAAGUGGCACAAUACAGCAAGAUCUACAGCUCAGAUUUAUCCAGUACCAUCUGGGGCCACUUGGAUUUCCGACUGCCUCCUCUGUAUGCAGCUUUUGUGAAUGGAGUGGCUGUGCACUCAAUGGACUUUGAUGACACCUGGCAUCCAGCCACACACCCAUCUGGGGCUGUGCUCCCUGCAUUGAUUGCACUCUCAGAGGCUUUCCCUCAGAAGAAAAAAGUCUCGGGUCUUGAUCUGCUCUUAGCUUUCAAUGUGGGAAUUGAAGUGCAAGGCAGGUUGCUGCACUUCUCCAGAGAAGCCAGGAAUAUUCCAAGAAGGUUUCACCCACCAGCUGUGGUUGGUACGAUGGGGAGCGCAGCAGCUUGUGCUAAACUGCUAGCUCUUGACCAGCUGGAAUGUAAAAAUGCCUUGGCUAUUGCUGCCUCCUAUGCAGGUGCCCCACUGGCUAAUGCAGCAACCCAAAUAAAGCCUCUCCAUGUUGGGAAUGCUGCCAGGAAUGGACUGGAAGCAGCUUGCUUAGCUUUACAGGGCCUUCAAGGAAACAAACAGAUCUUGGACAUGGAGUCAGGGAUGGGUGCCUUUUAUACAGAUUACAACCCACAGACUCUGCCAACCUUGCAGUCCUACCCAUGGCUCUUGGACCAGCAAGAUGUGGCCAUCAAACGCUUUCCUGCUCAUCUUGCAACACACUGGGUGGCUGAUGCAGCAUCUUCUGUUAGGAGGAAGCUCGUGGAGAGCAGUGAGAACUUGCUCCCCCUUGAUAAAAUCGAGAAAGUCAUUCUCAAAGUCCCUGAGGUCAAAUACGUGAACAGAGCCAGCCCAGCCUCAGAGCACGAAGCACGACACUCCUUCCAGUUUGUUGCGUGCUCGGCUUUGCUGGAUGGCAGCAUGUCAGUCCAGUCCUUCGCCAGUGAGAACAUUCACCGGCCCGCCUUGAGGGAGCUCCUCUGCAAAACACAGCUGGAGCACCCUCCUGACAACACGCCCAGCUUUGACAGCCUGUACUGCCAAGUGAGUGUCGCUCUUCGGGACGGCAGCACCAUCAGCGACCGCUGCGCUACCUUCUACGGGCACUGGAGGAAACCUCUGGAAAAGGAAGACUUGGAGAAAAAGUUUCAAUCCAAUACGCUCGACAUCCUACCCACAGAAGCCAUGGAAGGCAUUAUAGACACUGUGUACAACCUGGAAAAAGUAGAGGACUGUUCUGUAUUAAGUACAUUUCUAUCAGGACAGUCUGCUAGAGUACUUCCAGAGAAGCUGCGCUUCCUUUGAGUGUUCCAGCCAACAGCUACAUGCUCUUCACAAAGCCAAUGCAAAAUUCAGGACAAACUUUUACUUUGUGAUUCAAGCACUUUUAAAUAACACAAGAACAUAAUCCUGUAACGCAAGAACCAUAUUCAGUCCAAUAUUGUGGGUUUUGAUUAGGUAAAUAAUUUGGUGUUUAUGUGCCCAGCUUACCAGGCUGAACAGAAGAUCCUCUGCUGGCACAGCUGACCCCAGCUCUCUUUGUACCUCUAGAGGCAGAGCACUCACUGCUUGCUCACGGCACAAAAAUCUCCCUGCUCCUCUGCCAAAAAUCUGUGUUCUGCUUCUCCUAAAUAACUCCAUACAGAAAAUCCAAAUUCUGGAAGAGUAUGGAAGUGCUGUG